GGCAAAAUUAGAAGAGAAAAGAAAAAAAGAAGAAGAAAAACGCUUAAAAGAGGAAGAGAAGCGCCUCAAAGCAGAAAAGGCUGAAAUCACCCGGUUCUUUCAAAAACCAAAAACCCAGCCUGCUCCAAAAACUCUUGCGUGCUGGUGUGGAAAAUUUGCUCCCUUUGAGAUCAAGGAGAACAUGGUCCUCGCUCCGCUUUGCCGGGUGCCCUUCGAUCAGGACCUCUCCGACCGAGUAGACCGGUCCGUGCAAGAGCAGAGCGGCGACUCUUCUUUCUUGGAAGAACUGAAGAGUCGGGAUCCUAGGAAAUCGGAGCCCACCCUUGUCUGCAGCCCCGAUGCUGACGAGAUUAACAGCGAUGUCGUCAUUGUGGGUAGCAGCCAGGCAGAAGAUGUGCCUGAAAGGAAGAAAUUUGGAAGAAUGAAGCUACUGCAGUUCUGUGAGAAUCAUCGGCCUGCCUACUGGGGCACGUGGAACAAGAGGUCUUCCUCAAUAAGGCCCAGAAACCCUUGGGCUAAAGAUAUGAAGCUGCUGGACUAUGAAGUGGAGAGCGAUGAAGAGUGGGAGGAGGAGGAGCCGGGCGAGUCCCUCUCUCACAGCGAAGGGGAUGAGGAAGAAGAUGGAGGAGAAGAGGAAGAUGAGGACGAUGGGUUUUUUGUUCCCCAUGGAUACCUUUCGGAGGACGAAGGUGUGAUUGAAGAACGUGAUCCCGAAAACCACAAAGCUCGCCAAAAGCUGAAAGCCAAGGAGUGGGACGAGCUGAUCACCAAGCGGAAGAGGUUCCGCGUCUUGCAGCCGGUGAAGAUCGGCUGCGUUUGGGAAGGCAAGCCGAGCAGCGCCGUCACCACCGCAGAACUGGGAGUCCUGCAGCAGUUUGGAGCUUCUUUCCUGGAGACCAGCUUUGCCGAGGAAGACUUGAUCGAGAAAAGCAACAAAAAGAAGACAAAAGACCAGCAAAUUCUGGCCCAGCUGCUCCCGCUACUCCACGGCAACGUGAACGGAAGCAAAGUCAUCAUUCGGGAGUUCCAGGAAUGUUGCCGCUUGGGGUUGCUGUCGGAGCCCAGCAGUCCGGACCCCUCCCUGGGCAGCGGAGAUGCCAGCCCCAAGGUCUCCCAAGGGCAGACUCCGGCCUGGGAGAACGCCCUCCCUUCCAAAGCCAGGCUGAAGAGGAUCAUCUCCGAGAACUCCGUCUACGAGAAGAGGCCCGAGUAUCGGAUGUGUUGGUACGUCCACUCCGAGGUCCUGAAGAACUUUGGCCAGGAGCACCUGCCCGUGCCCUGUCAGUGGAACUACAAUACCCAGCUUCCGUCCGUGGCCAGGGAAGAAGCGGGCGGUUUGCAAGGAGGAGGGGCGGCAGCCCAGACCCCCCCAGUCUCCGCAAAACGGAAGUCAACGCAAAGCAUGUCGAUAACCAAGUUCAUGAGGAGACCUGCGGGGACCGAGCAGACCGAAAUCGCAGAGAUGGAUGGAUUUCAGGCAGACACGGAGGAAGAAGAUGACGACGAAUGCAUUAUAGAUGUACAGCCAAACCCAGGCAAGCCAGCUGAUUCAGCACCUGGACGGAGGACCCCCGAAGCCGAACCAGCCGUGGCGGCUGCCACCAACUACCCCAAGGCCUUUUGAUAUACACACCCCUACUCUUCCCCCCC